UCUUUGAGUUCGCCGGAAUCUCGUUGGGAGCGAAGAACCGUUCUAUCCUGGGAGACGCUUGCUACGUGUGUCGGGCAAAAACGUCUUAAGGAGACAACACUUUUGUUGGGCUCGGUUGAUACAAAAUGGGAGAUGAAUCAAACAUUACUUUUCCGAAAUCAUCCCCGCUCACUACUAUCCCGAUCAGUUCUUCUCACGGGGAGAAACCUAGCAAAUUCAAUGGUCAUGAUUUCAAACGUUGGCAACAGAAAAUGCUGUUUUAUUUAACAACGUUGAAUUUGGCUAAGUGUCUCUCCGAAAGCCAACCUGUUUUAGAGGAAGGCGAGACUGAUAAGGAGAAAGUAGCCGCGGUGGAUGCGUGGAAGUACUCAGAUUUCUUGUGUAGAAAUUAUCUCUUAAAUGGACUCGAUGACUCCUUGUACUCCGUGUAUGCCGAUAUAAAGACGGCAAAAGAAUUGUGGGGAUCACUUGAGAAAAAAUACAAGACCGAGGAUGCCGGAAAAAAGAAAUUUAUUGUCGGGCAUUUCUUGGACUUUAAAAUGGUUGAUCACAAAUCGGUUGUUUCUCAAGUUGAAGAGUUCCAACUUAUCCUUCAUGAAAUUCACGCUGAGGGUAUGUCCCUUAGUGAGUCCUUCCAAGUGGCGGUGAUAAUUGAAAAAUUACCUCCCAAAUGGAGAGACUUCAAGAAUUACUUGAAGCAUAAGCGUAAGGAAAUGUCCCUAGAGGAGCUCAUUGUUCGUUUAAGGAUAGAGGAGGAUAACCGCAAAUCGGAGCACAAAGCCGAUAGAUCAAGUUCCA